AUGGCGACCGACAUCGAGGAGUCGGAUACCGAUGAUCACGAAAGGCCAGCACCUCCGAAACGGCAGUGCACGCGGCUGAAAGUCAGCGAGAUUAUUUGGGACACGGAGAAGAGUUCAGUUGAGAAAGAGGAGACAAUACAAGAAGCAGAGAACGUAGAGUAUGAUGACGCAGAGAGACAAGCUAGAGAGAAGUUGAAGAGGUGGCAGGCUUGUCAGGUAGCCAAAGGAUACGUGGACAAUACCAUCAAUAAAGUGUUGGAAAAUUACAUCAUGGUAACGUCGUCCAGCUAUUCCUUGGAGGAGUCCAGAUUUCAGUUGUUCAGAGGCAACGACAUGGAGGACACAGCAGUUUUAAUGGCAAUUCGCAAUCAUGGCUUGGUACAGUCUGCUGGACUUGUUUCUCAAUCGAAUGCUUUUUACAGUGACAAAGCUCCGGGCUAUUGGACCAAUAAUGAGUACACUGACGUGCAGUGUUCCUGUCCCUCUAAUCGCAUGCAGAACAGCGAUAGUUUUGAGAGUUCCAUAGCCACAACAUCUGCGAGUUCAUUGAGAUUGAACUCGAAAGACGAAAAGGAUUACAACAGGUUUGACUGGGAUUUGGAUAAGAUAGACGAGAGCAAUCAGCAGGAGAACUUUCUGGAAAGGGCCGUGGCAGAGGCUAUAAAGAAGAAAGGGCUCAGUGCUCUGAGCGUUGACUAUGGUUGA